AUGAAAAACAUGUUAUGGAAAUAAUUCAUUGGAAUUCUGCAUGCAAAAUAAUGGAACCAAUGGAACAAAAGCUAUAUAGAGAAAUGUUGACACCUAAUUUGAAUCAGCACAGGAGUUCCUCUUUGAGUUCUCUCUUUGCUACUGUGACUUCAGGACAGUGAGAGAAGAAGCCGUGGCUCACAGCACAUCGUUCCCAGCACAACUCAAGAUGGAUGAAUCAAACUUCACUGGGAUCAGUUCUAACAUCUCUUCCCCUGGAUUACCUCAGCCCUCUUGGAAUCAACGCGGUCUGAUCCCUGCAUUAGUGUUAUCUUUCUGCUUUCUACUUGGAGUUCCUGGAAACAUUGCUGUGAUUAUACUCAAGCCUAACUGGGAACAUCUGUCCAGUAUGAGCCAGAGUUUAAUGCUAUAUCUGACCAUUUCUGAUCUGAUUUGUCUGCUUACCCUUCCACUGUGGAUUUACAACUUAGUCCUUGGGUGGACAUUCGGCCUUGUAGCCUGCAAAGCUCUAGCAUACUUUGUGUACUGUACAGUUUAUAGCAGCCAGUUGACUGUGACUGCGUUGAGCAUCCAGCGCUACCUUAUUGUUGUGCGUGGACGGCAGUGCCAUGUACAAAAAGGUACGCUGUUGGUUCUGCUUUGGCUGGCAGCUGUUACUUUGUGCAUCCAUGCUGUGGUGACUGUACAACUAACGAAAGAUGGCCAAUGGAUCCGUUGUCUACCUCAUUAUUCUUCUGAGACAGAGUGGGUGGCUGUGCUGGUAAUUGAGAACCUGUAUGGACUUGUUACAUUUUCACUUGUCACAUUUUCAUAUGUAUGCCUCCACAAGAAGGUUAACCGGGCAGCCUUUUUCAACAAUCCACAGACAACCAGGCUGGUUAUUAGUAUCAUUGCAAGCAAUUUUAUUCUGUUUGCUCCAGUUCAUGUGGUCAAUGUGCUGGGCGUGUUGGCGAUAAGUCUUAAAAACAAGAAGCUACUGAAGUUUUGUGCAGACAGUUGGAGUGUAGCCAAGUCCUUUACCUUUAUAAAUAGUUCCCUAAAUCCACUCUUGUAUGCUUUUAUUUCUACUAAAUUAUGUCGUCUUUGCCCAAAGGACUCUCCCCAUCCAGAUGAGGGAACUCCUCAAACACCUGACAUUGCUACAAUUGCAGAACUUUGACAACAAUAGUGACACACGUCACCCCCCGCCCCCUCCCAAAAAACAAACAAAACAGAAAUAAGUUUGUUUCUUUUCAUUUAAACUGAUACCACAUCACCUACUAUUUCUGUCUGUUUUAUUUUUCUGCGAUUGCUUGAACCAAGGAUGUUGAUUUUGUCCCUUUGACCUUGGUUUAUGUAAAAUUGAUCAAAUUACACUUUAUAUCACUGUAUCACUACAUUUUGUUUACCAAUGACGUUUUUACCCACUGACCUUUGCAAGCAAUAUUUUAAUUUGUUUUCCUUAUAUGCCACUUCUUUCCUUGUUCACACUUUUUUCUAUGUUCACACUGUAAACACUGAACAUAGAACACUGUAAACAGUGUGAACAUAGAUAUGUGUGAACAUAGAUAUAGAUACAGAUAUGUCACCUUUAUCUAUAUUUACUGCUUGGUUUUUUCAUGGCUUUUUCAAAACAUACAUAUUCAUACACUGCUUUCAUAUUUGUUCUCUUCUUACUCUCAAUCACAACGAAUUUGUACUAAAUUCUGUCUAGAAAAUAUGGUGAAAAUUUGAAAUAAAUCUUUUGUUGACAUA